AUGUCUUCUUUUACUGGAUCCAAAGAUGAUAUUCAUUAUAACGUUCUUAGUAAGGACUUGGCUGAUGUAUACAUGGAAUCACAACGCGAGCCUGACGUAAAUACUUUUGUUAAGAAGUUAUUUCAUACCAUGAAAGAACCAUCUUUCUUGGAUUGGAAGUUGAACGUGUCUGGAAAGGUUAGUGAUGAUGCUGAGAGAGGUACUAUUAUAAGAUCUAAAUUAGAGAGUAUAUUAAGAAGCGAGCGUUUAUCUCAGUAUUUGGACGAGAAUGGUAUUAGUCUAAAUUCUUACAAUGCUUGGGUUAAACGUAAAUAUGGAAAAACUGCUAAAAAAGAUAUGAGAAUGGUUGAUUUACCUGAAUGGGUUAGACGCUAUUCUAAGAAAAAUAUGGAUGAUUUGGAUGAAGAUGAUAAAGAGCGUAGUGCAUUACUUGGAGAUAGUAAAAAAGGUGAUGAGGAAAAGAAGCCCAAAAAACCCGAAAAUGAUAAUUAA